AGUAAAAGCUAUAUAAAGGUUCAUUUGAAGUUCAACGUCUCACAGUUCUUUUCGGACAAAAAUGACAACAGUUACUGUUUUACGUAUUAUUUGCAUAGCACUGUGUUGCAUAUUCUCUGCACACGCAGACUCCUUGGAAGAACGUUUAAAUACGCUAGAACGCAUUGUGGAAAAACAAACGGCUAUGAUUGAUCUCUUUAAAAAUGAAAACAGCGAACUGAAAUUCCGCGUGGAAAAGUUAGAAAUAGAGGUAGUGAGGUUGUCGGGUGUCCAGGAACGUGAUGAUGAGAUGGGAGCUAUGAAUGGCAAUUUUGGAAACAACUACAAAAAUACAAACAAUAGAACAGCCACAACAUUCGAUAAAGUCGGAAUCCAGGAUGGCCUGAAAUCGAGUAUGACUAAUAAAAGCACUAAACUGAAUAGACUAGCGAAACGACAGGCAGAGAGUAUUGCUUUUCAUGUCUACCUGACUGGAAACAGCUGCUUCAACGAUCAGCAGGUGCUCCUCUUCGAUGGUGAAGAAGUUGAUAUUGGAAGCGCGUACAACGAGCAUGACGGGAUAUACGUAGUUCCGGAAACAGGAAUCUACGUUUUCUCCUGGAGUUAUCUCUCUAACUACCACGAAUGGGCUCAAACUGAAAUAGUAGUUAAUGGCGUUUCGAAAGGGUCUACAAUCUCCGAUGAUCCAACAAAUGUCGGCUUUUGGUCGCCAGCAACCGCGCUUGUAGUGGUGAGUGUCAACGCAGGUGAUCACGUGUUCAUCAGGCGAGUAGGUGGGAGAGGAUGUACAGCAAUUGGCAAAAAUGGAUACGCAAGGACCACCUUUUCUGGCUGGAAGCUUUAAGUAGAUACAUGUCAGUCUACUGUAAUAAAAUUUAAAGCCAUGA